AUUUGACAUUUCACAAUGUUAUAAGAAGCGAGCGAUCAUUAAACUCUGAUAUAAACAUAUCCAUAGGGUGUAGUUGAUAGUUAUAUUGUUUCAGUCUUUCGUGUGUGAUUAGCAAGUGCAGAACCAUCAUGUUUCGUUCUCUGAUUUUAGUAUUGACCAUUUGUAUUCUUGCCACAACUGGUUUCCAUUUACAAAGUGAUCCAAGUAUAGUAAAUAGUGUCUGUACGCAACAAGUUCGACAGAUUUGCAGCUAUGUAGGUCUGGAAUGUCGGGGUAACCAGAGAUUUGAUGCCGACCAACCACACGCAGUUUGUGACCACCCUGGUAGAAGAACACAAGGCUAUUCACCACAAGCAGUUUACCAGUACAUAAUGCAACAGAGAAAUACCAGUACUGGACGAUGAUCAUUUCACCUACAAUAAAGGCUAACGAGAGAGUUGUUGGCAAACAUGGCAGUGGACUUAAACAAAAAUAAUUAAAAAAAAUUAAUCCAAAUAAAAUGUUAAAAUAUA